AUGGAAUAUGUGGCGCCUAAGCUAGUGAAUGGUGUGAUUGAAAUCGAAAUUGAACAAGAAGAUAUUGAAAUUGAGGUUCAAUUUUGGGAUAAUGCUUUGGUUUUGUACGUGGUGGGUGAGGGUUUGAGUAUGAACACUGUGAAGAAUUUUAUGCAGAAAAUGUGGAAUUUCUUGAAGAUUCCAGAUCUCUACUACCAUGAUGAAGGGUACUUUUUGCUAAGAUUCAACUCCCAUGAAGAUAGGGAUGCGGUGAUGAUGAAAGGGCCAUACACGAUCAGAAAUAUGCAUAUGAUCUUGAAGGAACGAAGGCCUGAGUUCAAUCUGAAGAAAGACCUACUAAGAACACUACCAAUUUGGAUCAAGCUUCCCUAA